AUGACCGACCUCCUCCCGUAUUACGAGCUCAGCAUGAUGCAGCGCAUGCUGCUCAUCUGGCUCUUCAUCCUGUGCGGCUUCGUGCUCGCGUUCCACGUGUCGCAGCAAGUCGCGGAGCGCCCGCGCCCGUGGACCCAGCUGAGCAAGCAGACCAAACCGUACUGGUACACGUUCUACGUCUUCGAGGCGUUCCUGCUGUCGCAGAUAACGCACCGCGUCCUUAGGCUGAGCAUGGACGGCCUCCUCGGCGGCUACGAGGAGCAGCUGCUCGACGCCAUCUGGAUCGGCCUGCUGGGCCUGGAGGUCCUGAUGGUCACCGGUGUCGCCCUGCGCGGCCUCUUCCGGGCCUUUGCGCCGGGGCCCAAGCAAAAGACCCAGUAG